AUGGAGAAGCUCCCAGCCGAGCUUUACGACGCCAUCGUCGUCCAGCUGCAUCACGACUUCUGCCACUGCUCCUCGGGAUAUUCUCGGCCAUCGAGGUGGGACGCCGUCCAUUCCUAUAAGGUCACUAAUAUCAAUCUGUAUGGGGAAUGGGAUUUCAUCAUCUCGCUGAACUUGAAGCGGGAGCUGUGCGAUCUCCGACUCGUCAACAGACGUUUCUAUACGCCAGCCACCCGGAUAUUGUUCAGCCAUUUUAAGCUCGUCCUCGGAUAUGACUGUCGCCCCGAGUGGACAUUUAGGCAGCAAGCCCGGUAUUGCCUCGCAGACGAGAACCGGAGCCUUCUCGGCCAAAUCACCGGCUUGGCGAUCAACCUGCCUUGUAUAACCGAGGACGAGUUUUCCGUACCUGGACAUCGGAUCCGGGCCAGAGUCGCGGCCCAGCAUAACUUUAUGCGCAGACUCCCUUCGCUCGUUACCCGGUUCGACUCGGUAACUGCGCUUAAGAUCCGUGUCGUGGCGAUCCGGAGACCCGAAUGGUGGCAGGGCCUAUGGCUCGAGGAUAUAAUCAAGUUUGCCUUGAGCAAGCUUCGCAACCUCACGGAACUGCACAUGAUCUCCCCUUGGAGGUCUGCCAACACGAUCCUCGAAUCCGUUCCGCCGCAGCAGUGUGAUCGGUUGAGAAGGCUCAUUGUCGUUCACGAACACGGGUGUGGCCGCCAGCUGCCACCUAUCGCUCGCUUCAAGAACCUCACUGAGCUUGCACUCCGGGAUAUGCCCCCAGCUCCGCUGAGGCUGCACGACCAGCUCCGAGGACUCACACGGCUGCAACUGGAACGUGUAUGCUCCGCAGCGGCAUAUUUCAUCGCCGCAAUGACGGGGGUACCAGUUCCGGCUUCUUCUCUGUCCGAAGAUGGAGAAAGCAGCGGCGGGGUGACAAGCGCUCCUCUUACCCACCUCGGACUAUACGAUGUGGAACUUGAGAGCGUGGAGGAAGACGGGCAGAUACACGAGGCUGGCAGCUGGAGUCUUGUUUUCGACACGGUCCGACGCCGUUGCCGCCGGCUGAGAACACUCUGGGUCGACGGGGUUUUCUAUGCCCAUUCAUUUACGCACCCCACGCCGUCGACGCAGAUGACCGAGGCCGACGAGGAGGCCCUGAAGGCUUUGGCUGCGGAUGUUCGGUCGAGGCCGGACGGGGACGCGAGGUGCCAAAUCCGAAUGCAGUACGGGGUGUAUUACGAUAAGACGAACCGAGCAGUGUAA